AUGGCUGGAAGUCAAAGCACUUCGAGUGGCAACGGCCCCAGUAAUCGUGACCCACAUCAUCGACACCAUUUCGACAUUAUUUAUCGACACGGAUGCCCGGACACCAUUAUCUCCGACAACGGCCCACAGUUCGGUGCAAAGGAAUUCCAGGAGAUGUGCAAAAAUUUCGGCAUCCGCCACCGCACCAUGCCUAUCUACACCCCACAGUGCAAUCCCGUGGAGCGUACCAAUCGCACCAUAAAAACAAUGAUCGCCCAAUAUAUCGAUAAAAAGCAUCGCCGCUGGGACGAACACUUGGGCGCCCUCCGAUUCGCGUUUAAUACCGCCCAACAUGACGCUACCCGAUUCAGCCCAGCGUUCCUGAAUCACGGCCGAGAACUGGCCCGACCACACCAAGAAGACCGAAGGGACAAACCUCCCAUUCCGCCACCCUCCACCGUGGCAAAAGUAUUGACCGAAACACACGAGCUCGUAAAAAUGCAUCUCGCCCAAGCAUUUCAACGACAGGAAUCUCAUUACAAUUUACGGAGAAGAGCAUGGCGCCCACAACUCGGAGAAACAGUGUGGAAAAGGGAACACCUUCAAUCCGACAAGACGAAGGCCUUCAACGCCAAACUUGCGCCAAAAUAUAGCGGACCGUUCACCGUAAAGAAAAUACAUUCUCCGGUAAUCGUCGAUUUGAAAGACGAACGAGGCCGCAUUUAUAAAAACAUACACGUGCACGACAUGCGCGCCGCACCGGAUAACAAAGACCGAGAAAUCAACACGAUCACGUUCCCAACAACAGGUAACGAACAUCGACCAACCAGAAGAUUGACCGAUCUCCCCGAAUCAAGCCGUAAUUUCGAGCCUAACGACUAUAAAAGCGGAGAGGAUCAAGCACUCGGGACAGUCAAUCGUUAA